AUGCUCAUUAUGCAUGUGCACACCAGCCUAUCUGACGUUUUCUAUUCUCUUCAUCAGUAUCCACACACAAUCCAUUCGCUUGGCUCUUUUCUUCAUUUUGUUGCAUUCUCUUCUCGUGGUCGCAUUGCUCUUUUAUUGCCACUUUUCCUGUUCGUCUGUCUCCCUUUGCUAGUUGCUCUUAUCUUCCAUCCCAUGUCAGACCCAUGGUCUCAGGUUGCAACACGCCUUGCCCAGCGAGACCAUCUCGAAAAGCAUGAUUCGGAGUUUUACAGCUACUUUGCCCAGCUCGCACGCUUGCGCCCAUCCAAGUCGGAGCCUGAGCGUCUCGAAAAGGAAAACCGCCAGCUCCGAGACGAAAACGACUCGUUAGUGCUGAGGCUCAACAAAAAAACGCUUCAGAUGGAGCUCGCCGAAGCCCAUGCUCGCGAACAAGCGAAAGCCAUAGAGACCCAUAAGUCCCGCCUAGCACGUCUACAACAAAAGAUUGACCAGCUCACGUUGGAAAUCCAAGAGAAGAAUCAUUCGAUCCAAAUCCUCACCGACGAGAAUUUGGUGACACAAAUCCAGCAAAACGUCAUGAAGGGCGAGCUCGACAAGCUUAAAGCCGAGAACGAUCGUCUCUUGCACAAAGUAUUGGAGAAGAAGGGUGCAGAAGCCGAGGCUAUGAACAGUGAGCUAAAGUAA